AUGGAUGAGGCUAUAAGACUCGCUUGGAUGUUGGAUGAUUUCGAUGAUUUAAUGGAGCUAGUGGUAUCAGGGCAUGAGGAGGCGAAGCUGCAGGGAAUGAUGAGUAGAAUGAUGAUGGCAGCAGCACAGAGCAGCGGUGGUGGCGGUGGUGACGGUGGUGGUGGUGAUGGCAAGGGGAGAGCAGAGGAGGUGGAGAUGCUGCUGUCGCUGGGGGCUGAUGUGACUCUCACAUCAGACGAGGGCAGCACGGCGCUUGACUGGGCGCGCAUGUACGGCCAUGAGGCGGUGUGCCGGAUUCUUGAGAGACACAUGGAGGCGCUGGGCUUGGGAAUGCCGGAGGAGGGGGAGGAGGUUUUUGAGGCGCCUCAAAAACGACCUCAAUGCUCGCUGGGCUUGGGAGUGCCGGAGGAGGGGGAGGAGGUUGAGGAGGGAGAGGAAGGGGAGGAGAGGGGAAUGGAUGAGGGGGAGGGAAUGCAGGAAGAGAAGGGCGAGAGGCAGGGAGAGGUAUCCAAGGCCGACGCAACAACUGAUGCCGCUGCUGCUGCUGCUGCUGCUCCUGCUGCUGCUGCUGCUGGUGCUGCUGUGGCUGUGCCUGUGAGUGCAGAAGCAGCGAGGCUGGCAGCACAGGAGCAAGUGGCGCUCUCUUUAUACCAAGCGUCUGUGGAUCAUGAUGAGGUGGAUUUGGCCCUCAUCCACCUCCUGCUGACUAGGAUCUGCGUCAGCGCGGCAGAGCGGCCGGCAGCACUCACGAGCAGCAGCGCCUUUGCUUCCAGAAAAUCCCAACAGAUGGUGAAACAGGGAGAAUGGAAGGAGGGAGAGGAGGGGGAAGAGGAAGACGAGCUUCUAUCUCUCAUUCCGACUUACAGCAAGGAAGGCAGGGAGGGUGGAGGAGCAGGAGAGGCAGGAGGAGCAGCAGCAGGGGACGGGGGAGCAGGUCUGAACGGGCCAGACUGCGCUAUCCUCGUGUUUCUCCCGGGGUGGGAGGAAAUCUCCCGCCUGAGAGACCGGCUGCUGGGUUCCUCUGUGUUUGGAGACCCGACGCGGUUCCUGAUACUGCCGCUGCACUCGAAGAUUCCGAUGCCGGAUCAGCGGAAGGUGUUUGAGCGGCCGGGGCAGGGCGUGCGGAAGAUUGUGCUCACGACGAAUAUCGCCGAGACGGCGCUGACGAUCGAUGACAUUGUGUUUGUGGUUGAUUCCGGAAGGUUGAAGGAGAAGAGCUACGAUGCGCACACGAAUGUGUCUACCCUGCAGGUGGGUGGGGUGGGGCGUGAGAGGGCGAGUGUCUUGCCGGGGCGGGUCGUGAAAAAGAUUGUGCUCACGACGAAUAUCGCCGAGACGGCGCUGACGAUCGAUGACAUUGUGUUUGUGGUGGACUCGGGGCGGCUCAAGGAGAAGAGCUACGAUGCGCACACGAAUGUGUCUACCCUGCAGACGGCGCUGACGAUUGAUGACGUUGUGUUUGUGGUUGAUUCUGGAAGGUUGAAGGAGAAGAGCUACGACGCACACACCAACGUGUCUACCCUGCAGGUAGGUGGAAGGGGGCCAGGGAAAGGGGUGGUGGGUGGUUUGAUGGGGGGGUUGGCAGCUUUUCAGACGCCUCAAAAUGCUGCUAGGGAGGGGCGUGCGGAAGAUGGGGCUGCAGCUGUUGAAGCGCCCCUCAAAGGCCGGGGCGGGGGGUCUGUUGGGUCUCCAAAACCAUUGCGCGCCAGUGCCAGGGCAGAGCAAGGCGGUGCAAACCAGAGGUGUGCUUCCACCUCUUUUCACACCCAUAACCCUCUCCUCUCUCUUCCUUCUAACGCCCCCUCGCCCCCGCAGAUCAAGAUUCUCAACCCUUCACUGGAUAUCCCUCUCUUUCUCUCAAAAGCCCUUGAGCCCCCGGUCCCCGCCGCAAUCACCAACGCCGUCGCCCUCCUGCAAGACAUCGGUGCUCUCGACCCCCACCAGUCCCUCACGCCCCUCGGGGCCCACCUAGGCGCCCUCCCCCUCCACCCAGUCACCUCCAAAAUGCUCCUCCACUCGAUUCUCCUGGAUUGCCUUGGCCCGGCUCUUACUGUCGCUGCUGCCAGCACCUAUCGGGAUCCGUUCCAGAUGCCUAUAGGGCUUGAUCAGAAGCUUAAAGCCAUUGCUGCAAGGCACGCGUUGGGGAAUUCCCUGGGCGGGUAUGGGGAUCAUCUCGCGCUCAUUGCUGCGUUUGAUGGGUGGGCUGAGGCGAAGGCGAGAGGGGGGGCUCGGGCUGCAGAUGGGUUUUGCCGGCGGAAUUUCUUGUCGCCAGGUGCGGAGGAUGAGGAGGGGGAGGAGGAGGAGGGGCCAGUGGUGGUGCCGAAUCCCAAGAGUGCGAGGGAGAGGAGGCGGAAAUUGCAGGAGGAGGUCAUGAGCGAUCCUGGCCGUGAGAUCGUGAUUGUGAUCGAUCGAUGGCUGAGAUUCCGCACCACGGCCAUGCUGGCGGCUCAGCUGUUCUGCCUGAGGGAGAGGCUGGCCGCUUGCUUUGCCACCAAGGUCCAUGAUCCGAGGAAGCCGCUCCCUCCCCUCCAAGCACUGACGCUCUACACCAUCGCCUCCCUCCUCUCCUUCGAGAACUACUUGCUUCCACCUCCAGCCAGCGAAUCUGGACCCGCUGGUUCGGAAGAGGUGGUGGCUGGGGAGGAGGGAGGGGAGCAGGAAGGGGUGGUGGGCGGUUCAGUGCGAGGGGAAGGGGUAGGAGUGGUGUAG